CGGCUGUUUUAUGUUUACCUCUUCACAAACGUAAACAUUUUAAUAUUAGCGUUCCUCAAUUCGGUUAAAAGAAAAUAGGUUACAAUCUACAAAAGGAACAAAUAUUUAUUAAAGAUUAUUUACUACAAUAAAUAUACGCUUAUCUAACUAGUGUUUUUUGCACAAUUUUAGCUAUAUAAUUUAGACACAUCGCGUAAACGUUGUUACAAGAAUUAGAAACAGACAACACCAGAAGAAUGUCUAAAUCGUCUAAACAUUCUAAAAAAUCGAGCUCUUUUGAAGAGGAAACUAAUUUAAUACAUUUUUCAUUUUGCGACCACAAGUCUGUCUUUCGGCAUUUGCUGCAAGGCGAUGAUAAACACUCCGCCCCCAUUGUAGAGGAUGAGACCGAUUUUUGGAAAUUUGUCAAUAAAUAUGAAAGUAUGUUACGCAGCGUGGGUCAACCAAUACUCGGUAAUCCUUUAUCAGACGCUGACUUGAGUAAACCAGAAUCAUAUCACAAACUCAAAUAUAUACCCUUACAAUUGGAACGCGGCAAUGACUCCGAACAACUAAGACGUGGAUGUUACAAUAAUGAUGAACGAAUAUUCACAAAACUAAAAGCGCGACAGUUCAAAGAAAUUGUGCUCAUCUAUCUGGAUUUUAAGCAAAAGGAAAAAUUUACGAAAAUCAAGAAAUUACGCAAAGCACAAAGAUCCCUACCCAUCGCAAAUUUUAAGCAAAAAAUACAAGAUGAGCUCAAUGAAACACGCGUACUGAUUAUAGCUGGGGACACCGGUUGCGGAAAGUCUACACAAGUGCCACAGUAUUUAUAUGAAUUUGGUUAUCGUAGCAUAGCGUGUACGCAACCGCGGCGCUUAGCUUGUGUUUCACUCUCUAAACGGGUUGCGCAUGAGAUGCUUGACGAAUAUGGCUCAAAAGUUGGAUUUCAAAUAAGGUUUGAAAAAAAUAAAACAAAAAAUACAAAUAUACUCUUCAUCACUGAAGGUCUACUGUUAAGACAAUUGGCAGUGGAGGCUAAUUUAGAGCAGUACGAUGUGCUUAUAUUGGAUGAGAUACACGAACGUAAUCUCUUCGGUGACUUCUUGUUGGGUGUCACCAAAUGCUUGUUACAUGCCAAGCCAGAUUUAAGGCUGAUACUUAUGUCAGCCACUAUAAACGUAGAAUUAUUUCAUAAUUACUUUAAAAAUGAGGGAGCUGCACUCAUUGAGGUGCCAGGCAGAUUAUAUCCGAUUAAAACUAUCUUCAAGCCACCACCAAGUUUGGAACUGAAAGGCGGAGCAGGCGGCAGCAAAACUGCUAAAAGCACAAAUCGCUUAAAUCCAGCACCUUACAUACAAGUGUUAAGUUUGAUUGAUCAAAAAUACCCAACAACUGAACGCGGGGAUGUCUUAAUAUUUGUUAGCGGUGUAAACGAAAUCACAACAGUUUGCGAUGCCGCCAAGGAAUAUGCUGAGAAAAACUCACAUUGGAUCAUAUUACCGUUGCACAGUGGCUUAGCGCUGGCUGAUCAAGACAAAGUAUUCGACUACGCACCAGAAGGCAUGCGCAAAUGUAUAGUAUCCACAAACAUUGCAGAAACUUCACUUACCGUUGAUGGAGUACGUUUCGUCAUCGAUUCUGGGAAAGUGAAGGAAAUGAGUUAUGAUUCGAGUUGUAAAGGUCAACGCUUAAAAGAGUUUUGGGUUUCGAAAUCCUCCGCCGAGCAACGUAAAGGUCGUGCUGGACGUACAGGUCCGGGCACUUGCUUUCGCCUCUUCUCAGAGAAGCAAUAUGCUACUUUCGAGGCAUAUCCAACGCCAGAAAUAUUCCGUGUUCCUUUGGAAACGAUACUUUUGCAAAUGAUCUCAAUGGGUUUGCCCAAUGUGCGUUCGUUCCCAUUUAUUGAGUCGCCCGAAGAAGAAUGCAUUGAACAAGCCAUUUGGUCUCUCAAGCAGCAUAACGCACUUGCCGUGGAUGAAAGAAUCACACCACUUGGCAAGUCACUCUCCAAUUUACCGGUUGAGAUUACAAUCGGCAAAAUGUUGCUUAUGGGUUGUGUUUUUCCCGAUGUUGAAAAGAUAUUAACGCUGGCAGCAAUCAUGAGCGUACAGAAUCCGUUCACAAAUCGCGCCUAUACGGAUCGCAAGUGUGAGCAAGAACGUGAGCCCUUACAGUCUGAUCAAGGUGAUGUGUUUACCUUAUUGCGUGCUUAUCAUGAGUGGCUACAAUUGAAAUGGCAUAAUGAGAACACCAGAAAAUGGUGUCAUAAACUUGGCAUUGAGGAACAACGCUUUUAUGAAAUCACCAAAUUGCGCCACCAAUUCCAAAAUAUACUCGAAAGUUGUAACAUGACCUGUAAAAAUGCGGAUGGCGCACCACUGAGCAGCGCUGAACGUGCGCGCCGUCAUGGCGAAGUGCGCCAACUGAAAGCGAUCAAACGCAAACAGAAAUAUCAAGAGCCGCGCAAACGCAAAGUGCUCAAACACAGCAGUUACGGUGCAGGCGCUGAUGAGUACGAUGACGCUGCCGCAGGUGAUGACAUACGCGAUGUGGACUUUCGUCUGCAACACGAUGCCGGCAAAUUGGAGGUGCUCUUAAACUCCGCCAAAGGCGACAAACUGCGCGAUGUGUUGCUGCUCAAGCUAAUCAUAGUCAGCGGUUUCUAUCCGCAAAUUGCGAUCGCUGACGAGUUCAACUACUGCAAAAGUGGCAGUCAACAAUUCUUUCACACGUUUCUAAAGCCCUUCAUAUCCAUACAUCCGAACGCGUAUUUUGCCAAAUAUUUUGAUGUGCUCAAAUUGAACGAUAGCGACAUAUUGGACAAACCGAACUACUACACGCCGAAGCAGUUGCUAAGCACGCGACAUCAGGUGUUGUGCUAUCAAAAUUUGCUGGAGACCGCAAAACCCUAUUUGAUGAAUUGCAUACGAAUGCCAGCCGCGCAGACUCUACUGCUGUUCUCCUAUUCGGUGGACACCAAUGCAUCCGUUACACGCAUAGUAUGUGAUUCGUGGCUGUGCCUGGAGUUCCCCGUGCCGGAGACGGGCUGUGAGCUGCUGUGCCGUGCCAUUAAGUUGCGUCGUUUGUGGGCCAAACUGUUGUCACAAAAACUGACCGAUUUGGUCAACAAUGUGGAGAGCCAAAGUGUUAAGAAGGCGAAACACGCCAAAGAUGAAGAGUCCGAACUCUGGGAGUCACUCAUCGACUUCAUAAGCGCUAAUGUGAGCUAUACGAUAAAACGCUUGCUGCCCGCCGAUUUGAAAUCGCUUUAUACGCACGAAAAACUCAGCAAUUUUGAAGCUUUCGACGACGUCAAUCCGUUUGCUGCCGACUAUGCGGUGAGCCAUAACGAAGAGAAAGGUGGCAUAAACGUGCUGGAAAAUGUGGUUUAUGGUUGUCUUCAAGAAGUGCAAUGGACGCUGGCAAUGGAGGCGGAAAUGCGUCAACACGCAUGGCUUUGCAAAUUAUGCAACACAGAGCUGGCGUUGGACACCAUAGAGAAAUUGUUGCACAAAACAACUUGCCGCGCCACCAGUAUAUCCACAACAGCUAAAAGCGAAACCGCUUCACCAACGCUGCCCAGCACAUCAGCGUCAGGCAAGCGUAGCGCUUACUGCUGCGAGUUUUGCCAAAAGGAGUUGAGAAAUAUGAGUAAAAUUGACAUUUUAAAACACAAAAAAUAUUGCAAUAAAACUGAUGCGGCGAAAUGAAAUACAAAUAAUACAAAAAACUAACGAAAAUGUUAACUUUGACUACACCCUAGCUAUAAUAUCGUUCACAGCUACAUAACUUAUAGCAUGAAUGGAUCUUGACUUUACUUAAUCAGCUUGUAUGACAGCUAUAUGCUGUAGUGGUCCGAUCUGAAUAAUAUAUUCAGAUAUAUAUUAUAUAUAUAUUCAAGAUAUUUAAUUGGCUUGAAGAAUAAUCUAUGCCAAAUUUCGGGAAGAUAUUUUAUCAUAUAAAAAAUGUUCCAUACAAAGACUUGAUUUUGAUCGAUCACUGAGAGAAUGAGAAGUUCUUGCGAGGAAAAAAACGUUUGCAAAAUUGCAGAUCGAUAUCGCAUUAACUGAGUGAUUAGCGCGCACAUAUGCAGAAAAGCAGUCGGACAUAGGUGAUUGGACUCAGUUCGUCAUACGCUGAUCACUUGACUAUAUGCAUACAUUACAGGGUCUCCAAGGUUUCUUUUGGUAUAAUAAAACAAUACUUGUUAUUUUUUUUGUAUGCCCAAUUUUUGUUGUUUGGUUGUUAUUAUUAAUGUACAUAAUAUGGCCAGCUAAUACAUAUACACAUAUAUAUAGUUGUAAGUCUAGGCGCGGCCAGUCGCUUUUUAACACUUAACCGUUAAACUAAUUACAAUAAUUAAAAUAAUUUACAUACAUGAA